AUGAUGGACACAAUGCCUUCUAUAGGCCUGACUGCCCGUCACGAUAACGAGUUUUCGAAUAGAACUUCGGUCGACUCGAAUAUUACUUUGUGGCAAUUUCUGCUGGAACUGUUAAUACAAGGUGAACAUCCGCAAUUGAUUCAGUGGACGAAUCGAGAGGGCGAAUUCAAGCUUUUGGAUGCCGAAGCCGUCGCCCGAUUGUGGGGACAACGAAAGGCGAAGCCACAUAUGAAUUACGACAAGUUGUCUAGGGCACUUCGAUACUACUACGACAAAAAUAUCAUCAAAAAGGUGAUCGGUCAAAAAUUUGUGUACCGUUUCGUCGAAGCGAAUAUCACCGAACCAGUCGCGUAUAACAUGAGUUUAUGUCGAGCGAUGAGCAAUACGAGCGUGACGGCCAAACCCGACGCUCAUCCUGCUCCAGUUCCUGCUCCUCCUCCGCCGCCGCCGGCGCCGCCUCUCUCGACGGCGACAACGACAACGACAACAAGCAUUGUUAAGGAAGAGCCAUGUAGGCCGGAUCAUGAUACGUCAUCAAUGCCUAUUCUGACCAGCUAUGCACCCCAAUCAGAGUUGACGUCAUUGAAUUUGAGUGGCACCAGUACGGGCGCGAGUGCCUCGACACCGUCUCCGACCAACAGCUCAUGCUCGGCACAUAGCGCUGGCUCAUCAUCCGGUGUAUCGUCAUUGCCGACGCUCAGCGUUACACCUCCCGGACCAUCAUCGCGACCCGCAUCCGUACAUUCUGAUUCGUCCAGGAAGCGACGUGCAUCACCGAUAGCGGUGGUCCCACGCCGCCAACGUCCUGAUCCGCUGAAUCUGUCGGCAACCACCCAGCUGCUGUCACCAAGUCUUCCGCAUGGCGCGAUCUCACCGUAUCACAUGCAGUUGAUGCAGCAGAUGUCGCCGUUACUGUUACAACAUCGGCUUCAGCUUUACGCGCUGGCCUCAACGACACCGAUAUUUGCACCAAAUUCGCCUGUGCUAGCCGCAAUGGCCAACUCACCCUUUCGGUCUCCACUGACGACGCCGACUGCCGCCGGGCCUCACAUCUUUCAGUUCCCUCCGGUAUCAACGCCGAACACCGGCGGCGGUGCGAACAGCUUGAUGCAUCCGUUGGCGACGAUGAUGAGCCCGGCGAACGUGUUGUCGUCGUUGAACAGCAGUCUCUUCAAAUUUCCAUGUGACAGUCUGAAGACACCCACGUUGACAUUAAAAACCCCGUUGCCAGUCAAUAAUGAUUUAUAA